GCGGAGCCGGCGCGGCCCGGAGGGGGCCAGGCCCCGGGAUUAGUUGGUUUCGGAGCGGAGGAGGGAGCCCGGCGGUCGCGAGCGCGAGGAGACAAAGCCGCGGCCGGAGCCCUGCAGGGGGUGGGCCCGGGGCUCGGAGGCGCCCCGGCUCGCCGAGAGGGCUGUGCGGACCCGCGCGCAGCGCCGCCCCGCCCGCCGCCCGCCGCCGCCUCGCAACAGGUCCGCCGCCUCCGGGGCGGCCUCGCUCCGUGCUCCCCUCCCCCGCACCCCGCGACCCCCGGGGCGCCACCGCUCGGCUCCAGGCCGCCCUCGGCCACCCGCUUCGAUGCGGUUCGGGUCCAAGAUGAUGCCGAUGUUCCUCACCGUGUACCUCAGCAACAGCGAGCAGCACUUCACAGAGGUGCCCGUCACCCCGGAAACCAUAUGCAGAGACGUGGUGGACCUGUGCAAGGAGCCCGGCGAGAGCCAGUGCCACCUGGCCGAAGUGUGGUGCGGCUCAGAGCGCCCGGUCGCGGAUCACGAGCGGAUGUUUGACGUGCUGCAGAGGCUCGGCAGCCAGAGGAGCGAAGUGCGUUUCUUCCUCCGCCACGAGCCGCCCCCCGGCAGGGACGUCGUGAGUGGGCCAAGGCCUCAGGAUCCAGCUUUGAAGAGAAAUGGAGUGAAAGUCCCUGGCGACCAUCGGAGGAAGGAGAAUGGCGUCAGCGGUCCCAGGACGGACCUGACUCUCGCCGAGCUCCAGGAGAUGGCGUCCCGCCAGCAGCAGCAGAUCGAGGCGCAGCAGCAGAUGCUGGCUACGAAGGAACAGCGCUUAAAGUUUCUGAAACAGCAGGACCAGCGGCAACAGCAGCAGGCGGCCGAGCAGGAGAAGCUGAAGAGGCUCAGGGAGAUAGCGGAGAGCCAGGAAGCCAAGCUCAAGAAGGUGAGGGCGCUCAGAGGCCACGUGGAGCAGAAGAGGCUGAGCAACGGGAAGCUCGUGGAGGAAAUCGAACAGAUGAAUAGUCUGUUCCAGCAGAAGCAGAGGGAGCUGGUCCUGGCCAUGUCGAAAGUGGAGGAACUUACAAGGCAGCUCGAGAUGCUCAAGAACGGCCGCAUCGACGGCCACCACGACAACCAGUCGGCGGUGGCUGAGCUCGACCGGCUCUACAAGGAGCUGCAGCUGAGGAACAAGCUGAACCAGGAGCAGAAUGCCAAGCUGCAACAACAGAGGGAGUGUUUGAAUAAGCGCAAUUCAGAGGUGGCCGUCAUGGAUAAGCGUGUGAACGAGCUGAGGGACCGGCUGUGGAAGAAGAAGGCGGCGCUCCAGCAGAAAGAGAACCUGCCAGUGUCGCCGGAUGGAAACCUGCCCCAGCCAGGCGUGUCGGCGCCCAGCCGCGUGGCUGCCGUCGGCCCCUACAUCCAGUCGUCCACCAUGCCCCGGAUGCCCUCCCGGCCCGAGCUGCUGGUGAAGCCGGCUCCGCCCGACGGCCCCUUGGCCGGGCAGCCCUCCGAGGGGCCCAUGAAAGUCCACACGCUGCCCAACAUGCGGUCCGGGGCGGCCUUGCAAGCGAAAGGCUCCAAAGUCCAUUCGCUGGGCCCCGAUUGGAGCCCAAAUGCAGACCUUUUCCCGAGCCAGGCCUCCACCCCCUCCCCGAAGAGCUCUGCGAAUGCUCCAGAACAAGCCGAUGAUGGGGAGGUUCUGCUGAGGGAGAAGGAGAAGAAAGUGCGUCCCUUUUCGAUGUUCGACACGGUGGACCAGUCGGCUGCGCCCCCGUCCUUCGGGGCGCUGAGGAAGAACCAGAGCAGCGAGGACAUCCUGCGGGACGCCCAGGCUGCAAAUAAAAACGUGAAAGUCCCGCCUCCCGUCCCGUCAAAACCCAAACAGAUCAACCUGCCGUGUUUUGGACAGACGAGCCCGUCCCCGCUGGACAGCAGGCCCGAUGGGGACCCUCAGCCGCUGUCAGCCGCCGUCCCGUCCGUGGGAAGUAAACCCAAAGCGGCAGGGCAGCAGCAGAGGGUCCUGCUGGCCCCCGGCGCACCGUCGGGGCCCCAAGACCAAGGCCUCGUCCCGGGCUCCAAGCAAGAGAGUCCCCCGGCCGUGGCUGUCCGGCCGUUCACGCCACAGCCUUCCAAAGACACCCUCCUUCCCCCCUUCCGGAAACCGCAGAUGGUGGCGGCCAGCUCCAUAUACUCCAUGUACACGCAGCACGCGGCCCCCGGGAAGAACUUCCAGCAGGCGGUGCAGAGCGCGCUGACCAAGCCGCAUCCCCGAGCGCCGCCCUUUCCGAGUGUCUACGGCAAGCCCGUCCUGGCCGCCGCCCAGAGCCAGCAGCAGCACCCCGAGCACGUCUACUCCGGGAACCAGGGCAGGCCCGGCGGUCCGGAGCCCGAGCCGGAGCCCGCCUCCUCGGCCCAGGAGAGCCACGAGAACGAGAGGAUCCCUCGGCCCCUCAGCCCAACCAAGCUGCUGCCCUUCCUGUCGAACCCGUACCGCAACCAGAGCGAUGCCGACCUGGAGGCGCUGCGCAAGAAGCUGUCCAACGCCCCGAGGCCCCUGAAGAAGAGGAGCUCCAUCACAGAGCCCGAGGGCCCCAACGGGCCCAACAUCCAGAAGCUGCUGUAUCAGAGGACCACCCUCGCCGCCAUGGAGACCAUCUCCGUGCCGUCGUCCUACCCCCCCAAGCCGGCCUCAGCGACCGCCGGCCCCGAGAGCCCCGCAGAGGUCCAGAACCCGUAUCUACACGCGGAGCCGGAGAAGGAGGUGGUGGUCUCUUUGGUCCCCGAAGCCCUGUCCCCGCAGGAGGCCGGGGACCCCGGGAUGGAGAGCAGCGACAUGCCAGCUCCUUCUCCGGGCCUCGAUUACGCACCCGAAGGGAUCCCAGACACCAGCCCGGAUUUCCAGAACAAUGUGGAAGAGCCAAAUCCAGAGGCUCCCCACCUGCUCGAAGUGUACCUGGAGGAGUAUCCCCCCUACCCACCGCCGCCCUACCCGUCCGGGGAGCCAGAGGGGGCUGGGGAAGACUCCGGGAGCAUGCGCCCACCGGAAAUCACCGGGCAGGUGGCCCUGCCUCCGGGCAAAAGGACAAACUUACGUAAAACUGGUUCCGAGCGAAUUGCUCACGGGAUGAGGGUGAAAUUCAACCCUCUUGCUUUACUUCUGGAUUCAUCCUUGGAGGGAGAAUUUGACCUUGUGCAGAGGAUUAUUUACGAGGUCGAGGACCCGAGCCUGCCCAACGACGAGGGCAUCACGGCUCUGCACAACGCCGUGUGCGCCGGGCACACGGAGAUCGUCAAGUUCCUGGUGCAGUUCGGGGUGAAUGUCAACGCUGCCGACAGCGACGGCUGGACCCCGCUGCACUGCGCCGCGUCCUGCAACAACGUGCAGGUGUGCAAGUUCCUGGUGGAGUCGGGGGCCGCCGUGUUUGCCAUGACCUACAGCGACCUGCAGACGGCCGCGGACAAAUGUGAGGAGAUGGAGGAGGGCUACACCCAGUGCUCUCAGUUUCUGUACGGGGUCCAGGAGAAGAUGGGCAUCAUGAACAAAGGCGUCAUCUACGCCCUGUGGGACUACGAGCCGCAGAACGAUGACGAGCUGCCCCUGCGGGAAGGGGACUGCAUGACGGUCAUCCGCAGGGAGGACGAGGACGAGGUGGAGUGGUGGUGGGCGCGCCUGAGCGAGAAGGAGGGCUACGUCCCGCGCAACCUGCUGGGGCUCUACCCAAGAAUUAAACCGAGACAAAGGAGUUUGGCCUGACACUUUAUAGAACUGUAGCCAAUGAAGAGUUAAUCUGUCAUCACUAAGAAGAAGUAAUAGGAUUGUCUGGGGCACAAACUCCACGAAACUUAUUUUAAUGCCCGUGUAACUUGAAAGGCAGGAAGACCGAGCUCUGCGAGGAAGUGGGGGACUGAGAAAGUCGCCGGCAGUGGAGGACCCCCCGGCCCCGUGCAGUGGGGCUUGUGACCACACUUGCCUUCCCGCGCCGGGGCGGCUGCCCAGGGCACACGCGGGGUCCACAGCGCCAGCCUGUUCUCCGCAGGAAACAGGGCCACGUACUGGGCAGCUGGGAAGUCAGCCUCGUGUCCUGCUGGAAAGGACCAGUGCCAUUGCGGCGCCAUCCCAGUUGUGCCCAGCACCGGCUGGACCCCAGGCCCCACGAGGCCUCCAGCUGGCCGCACACUGUGCGUCCUCCGUGCGGGGCGGUCGGUUGGCAGCCGGCGAGCAAUAAACUUACCGUAUGAGUUCUUAUAGCAUUUGCAGAAUGAUACUUAUUUUGAAAUACUGAAAUGAAGCUAAACUACAGAUAAUUAGGUUGAGAAUCUUGUUUUUAGGCUGAAUUUGAAUAUUUAUUGCCUUUUGUAUCUCGGAAAUUAGACACUCGGUAUAAACUUACCUACACUAUUUGUCAAGAUCAUAGCCGACCUUAAAAACAAUUGUAAUGAAAUUAAACUUUUUGACUGUAA